UCUGGGGAGCCUCAACAACCUCAUGAUGCUGACAAGGCAGAGAAGAGUCUCUCCACAUCAGAACACCUCAAGAAACACCUGCAGAGAUCCACAGGGAAGAAACCUCGCUGCUGCUCUGACGGUGGGAAGAGAUUCACCUCCUCAGCAGGCAUUAAAAUUCAUCAGAGAAUCCACACAGUGGAGAAACCUUAUAGCUGUACUCAAUGUGGGAAGAGUUUUACUCAUUCAACCAGCCUGAUAUCACACCAGAGAACACACACAGGAAAGACAUCUUACAUCUGUAGCUGUGGUAUAUGUGGGAAGAGUUUUACUCGGCUAAGCACCCUGAUAUCACACCAGAGAACACACACAGGAGAGAAACGAGAGAAACCGUAUAGCUGUGAUGAAUGUGGGAAGAGUUUUUAUACAUCUAGCCAUCUUAUUGUACACCAAAGAACACACACAGGAGAGAAACCGUAUAGUUGUACUCGGUGUGGGAAGAGUUGUUUUACAUCUAGCUAUCUGAAGAGGCACCAGAGAACACACACAGGAGAGAAACCUUUUAGCUGUACUCAAUGCGGUAAGAGUUUUACUCAGCUAAGCAACCUGAUAUCACACCAGAGAACACACUCAGGAGAGAAACCGUAUAGCUGUAAUGAAUGUUGGAAGAGUUUUACUCACCUAAGCAGCCUGACAUCACACCAGAGAACACACACAAGAGAUAAACCAUAUAGCUGUCAUGAAUGUGAGAAGAGUUUUAUUAGCCUAAGCAGCCUGAUGUCACACCAGAGAACACACACAGGAGAGAAACUUUAUAGCUGUACUCAAUGUGGGAAGAGUUUUAAUACAUCCAGCAUUCUGACUAGACACCAGAGAACACACACAGGAGAGAGACCGUUUACCUGUGAUCAAUGUGGGAAGAGUUUUACUCAGCUAAGCGGCAUUAUAUCACACCGGAGAACACACACGGGAGAGAAACCGUAUAGCUGUGAUCAAUGUGGGAAGUGUUUUGCUACAUCUGGCCAGCUGACUUCACACCAGAUAACACACAGAGGGGAGAAACGUUAUAGCUGUGAUCAAUGGGACAGCAGAGGAACUUCAUCGAUUCCACUCCUUCAUCAAUACAAGCAGUGA